AAGCACCUCUGCUUUUCAGCGACCACCCUCUUGAGAAGUUAAUGGCUUUAGCCGCUCAAUUUCUAAUCCAUUUUCCUAGACUCGGAAUCAGAAGAAGCUUCUCUUUUCCGUCUUGUCAUAAUCGAAACGAUGUUGGUAGUUCAUUAUUCUUCUCUAGUAGCAGUUUUUCCGCCAAAAAGAAUUAUUUAGAAUUAAGUGAUGAAGAAUUGAUGAGAGAAUGCGAAAUGAACACAUUCAAAGCAUCGGGUCCUGGUGGCCAGCACAGGAACAAGCGAGAAUCUGCUGUUCGUCUCAAACACUUACCCACCGGUGUCACAGCUCAGGCCGUUGAAGAUCGAUCGCAACACAUGAAUCGUGCUUCAGCUUUAAAUCGUCUUCGCACCCUUUUAGCUCUUAAAGUCAGGAAAAAUGUAGAUCUUGAUACAUAUUCACCACCGCAAGAACUACUCCAAAUUCUUCCACUUAAGUCCACAAUUAGGGGAUCAGAGUGCGGCCAUCAAAUUGGACCUAAUAAUCCUAAAUUCCUUUUGGGAAUGCAAGCUCUACUUGAUCUAGUUUAUGCAGUUGAGGGAUCUAUAUCAGAGACAGCUAAGUUAGUGGGGUUAAGCACUGGUGCAUUGUCACGAUUGAUACUAUCUGAUGAUUCUCUACGAAUGGCAGUGAAUGAGUUAAGGAUUUCUAAGGGCAUGAAGCCUCUUAAGUAGGAUUUCUCGUCCUCUUCAUUUUUUUCCAUCUCUGUAUUGUGUUAAUGUACAUAUAAUCACUAUCUCCAGGUUGAAGCUACCUGUUCACUCCUUGAAAUUCAAUUGCUUGAUUUUCCAGAGAAUGAAUGACACCUUUAUGCAUCCA